AGUAUCUUUGCAAAACUCGUUUGCUGACCAUCUCUCGUAUCGUAUUUUUUUCGUCUUUUCACUCCUUCUCCACAUAUUCCUCAAAACUGCACUGUUAGCAUGCAAGUAUAGAGGUGGAAUUUCGCCAGUGGUACUGCCAAGAGUGCCAAGUAUUUGAAUCAUAAUAUCAGAAUCAAAGUAGUGUGAAACUAUGUGUGCUUUUAAUUGAGCCAAUGGUAUAAUUUGGAUAUGAAAUAAUCAACCAAGAUGGCCUUCAUUUCGAUAAACAAUAUAAUACCUACAAGGGCAGUAGUAUGGAUUAUGCUGUUCACGUGUACCUUUUUCUUGUACAUGAUAAGAAUUAAUUUGUCAAUUAUUCUUCUGGCCAUGGUAGAAACAAAAAGCGGAGGUAACAGCACGUUUGUCCCAGAAUGCACAAGAAUUCAAACAAACAGCAGUGGUACCAAUUUGAGCAAUUAUCGUGAAAGUGGUACAUCAGAAAAAAUUAUUAAUUAUGGAGACACUUACGACUGGGACAGCAAACUCCAAGGUCUCAUCCUUGGCUCAUACUUCUGGGGAUUCACCUUGACCGGCUUUCCCGGAGGUAUUCUUGCUGAAAAGUAUGGCGCUACCAAAUGCAUCACAAUUUCCUUCGUCGUCAGUGGGAUUUUAACAUUGAUAGCACCAUGGGCUGCUUCUCUCCAUCCCACCGUUUUGAUCAUUACAAGGUUCUUGAUCGGAGCCUUCGGGGGUGUAGUUUUCCCGAGCCUCCACUGCUUGGUGGCCCGUUGGGCGCCACCCGACGAGAAAGGAAAAUUCGUCGGAGCCCUUUUGGGCGGAUCCCUUGGCACCGUCAUCACGUGGCCCAUGUUGGGAGCCAUCAUAGAAACUAUGGGAUGGGUGUCCGCUUUUUUGUGCUGUGGGGUCCUCGUCUUGUGUUGGACGAUUUGCUGGUUCUUUUGCGUGACAGAUUCCCCGGAAGAGCAUUCCCGGAUUUCCUUAGAGGAGAAGAGAUAUAUCGUGGAUAGUUUGGCCGGGAAGAUAACCAAUGUCAAAAGACCUCCUCCUUACAAAGACCUGGUUCUUUCCAUACCGUUCUGGGCAUUAAUAAUCCUCCACUUCGGAAACCUUUGGGGACUCUUUUUCCUCAUGACUGCCGGUCCAAACUUUCUCUCGUCUGUCCUGGGAUUCACUCUAGGCCACACUGGCAUCCUGGCGGCGUUGCCAUACUUGGCCAGGUUGAUUUUCGGGUUUUUAUUCGGAUUGCUGGGAGAUCUUAUCGUGAAACGGUCUUGGAUGGAAAAAACUACGAUCCGGAAGAGUUUCGUGUUAUUUUCUCAUAUUAUACCUGGACUGUUCCUCAUAGUCCAAACAUUCACUGGGUGUGACGUAACUUGGGCCAUAGUUCUGAUAACUCUAUCUCUAGGAAUGAACGGCGCUUCAACUUUGACUAACCUACAAAACGCUCAAGAUUUGGCGCCCAACUUUGCCGGUACCAUUUACGGCAUAGCCAAUUGUAUAGGGAGUACCACAGGGUUCAUAUCUCCGACCAUCGUGGGCUACCUCACUGCAAAACAUAAUGGUUUGGAGGAAUGGCACACCAUAUUCUACAUUGGUUCCAUUGUGUAUAUAGCUUGUGGUCUGAUUUUUUGCUUAUUAGGAAGUGGAAAUUUACAACCCUGGAAUGGUGUUGAGCAUGUGACUAAAAAAGAUCUUGAUGGAAUUGAAAAUAUUGGGUUUGAUGACGUCAAAACGCAAACGGCGGGAGAAGCGAAAGAAAUUUCAAAACUAUGACAUCAAUAAUUGAAAGAUUAAUACAGAAAUGUUUUUCAUUUUAAGAUAUUGAUUGUGUACAUAACUGUGUGUAUAUUAUGUAAUAUUGACUGUGAUUUCUUUUUUUGUUACUGGUCGAAAUUCAGUAAAUAUUUAUAGAUCA